CCGAACUGAUAAUAAAUACGGUGUUUAAUGAAUUUGAGUUUUAACUCUGCACUCGCUUGACUGUUUGAAACCAAUCUAUAAUUUUAUUAAUUUUAUUACGUUUUUAGACAUAAUGUUUGGAAGCGUUGUGAAACUCGACUGGCAAAGUACUGCAGAGGGUGAAACUAUUAUGCAACAUUUUUACAACCCACAAACAAACGGUAGAAAAUUUUUCGGUCUGUUGGAACGACCAAUACUGCCAAACAUUGAAGAAGUAUCAUACAAAUUGUUUUUUGUCGGCAAAAGUGGAGCAGGAAAGUCAUCCACAAUUGCUAGACUUGCAGGGAUAGUUAACUUUGAUGACGAAUAUGUAGAAACCCGAGGUAUACGCAAGAGUAAUAUUUAUUGGCCUGUCAAAGUAUGGGACAGAAUUAUACUAUUCAGGCUCCAAUGUUGGGAUGCUGGUGAUAGAGACAUUAAAAAGUUUGGACACAUAUUGCCAGUGUGCAAAGAAGAAGCAGAUGCUAUUGUGUUUGUAUUUUCAUUCACCGACCCUAGUGGAUUAUCUACUAUUUCAACAAAUCUGCCCACAUACAUGAAUGACAAAAGUAAACCAGCUCCAAUUGUUAUUGGUACCAAAUAUUGUUCGGGUGAUUUUACAGCUAAAAUUACAAUUGAUGACAUAAAAGAAUUUGAAAAAACACAAAAAAUCACCAUAUUAAAAAUAAAUAAAACUGAUACCAGUUACGAUUUAAAAGAAAAUGAACUUACAGCUUAUUUUUUAAAUGUUAUUUGUGAACAAUUAUGGAUUAGAGAUCAAAACUACAUAUUAAACCAGGAAAUGGGAUCUUCUCAGAUUAUAUAAGCUACAAGUUAUUAAUGUUAUGAUGAUAGAACGUUAAGAAUUGAUUUUACAUGCACCCAUAAAAUAGGUGUCAUGUACUAUAAAUUCUAAAUUUAUUAGACAUUUCUUGGAGAAAGUGGGGAUGAAUACACUACUAUCAAAUGAGUAUUAUAUGCCUUCUCCUACCACUUCUUUGGUCCAUUUGUUAAAGUCAAGUUUAACUAUGGUGAAAAAGGUUGUAGGCAUUUGAUGGAGCUUAGAUUUCAGAUUCAUUCUUAUAUUUAUUAUUUUAACUUCAACUUCUUCUAAUAUUUUUUUGAAAAC